AUGUCUACUUCCAAAAUCUACGCACUUACUUCUUCCCUCUUCGUCUUCCUAACAAUCUUCACAAGCGAAGCUUCUUUUAAUUACACUGCUCAUCACUGCUCAAACGCCACCAUCCGCAACGCCACAUUCCGACGAAACCUCAACGUCCUCCUCUACUCCCUCACCUCCAACGCCUCCCAGUUCGGCGGCUACUACAUGACCAUCAUGGGCUUUGGAACCAUCGACGCCGUCAACGGCCUCUUUCUCUGCCGUGGCGACAUCGUCUCCCACACAAUCUGCCAAGAGUGCGUCACCGCCGCUGCCAAUGACAUAACUUCCCGUUGCCCUAAUCGAACCGAGGCCAUAAUCUGGUAUGACCAGUGCAUGCUGCGUUACACCGACAAGUUUUUCUGGUUCAACAGUGCCGUUCCUAGGGUAACCCUCGAUGACGGUAAGAUCUUCUCCGGCAGGGACCUGGAACAGUUCAACUUCUCUUUAUUCAGCUUACUCAAUGACUUGAGUACGAAGGCUGCGAAAUCACCGACGGUGAAGAAGUUUGCUGUGGGCGAAGCGAUAUUAUCGAGCUCGCCGUUGACGACGCUGUAUGCUUUAGAACAGUGCACGCAUGAUUUAACCAGUGAUCAGUGUGAGACAUGUUUGCGAAAGGCCAUCGAAACUUUUGUUGGUAAUUGUUGUGUGGGAAAACAAGGGGCGAGGGUUCUUCUUGCUUCGUGCAACAUCAGAUAUGAACUGUACCCCUUUUACAAUGUAACGGCUGUAUCACCUGGACCUGUUGUAAGAUUUCCUCCUCCGUCAGGAAAGGAGAUAAAUGAAACACGAAGAAUUGUUCUAGUUGUUGUCCCAGUUUCAGUUGUUGUUAUGAUCUUCUGUCUCGGAGGGUUUUUCCUGCUGAAAAUACGGAAGAGGCAUAAGACUGCAAUUGCUGAAAUUCAACUUGGUAUACGAUUAUAUAUAUGUAUAAUAGAUGGAGAAGAACUUACUCCUCUAGAGUCGUUGCAAUUCUCUUUUGCCACAAUUGAAGCUGCGACAAACAAUUUUUCACAGCUUAACAAAAUAGGCAAAGGUGGAUUUGGGGAAGUCUACAAGGGUGUGCUUCCAGAUAAACGCGAAAUAGCAGUUAAGAAACUUUCAAGUAAAUCUAAGCAGGGUGUGGUGGAAUUUAAGAAUGAGAUUUCACUUAUUGCCAAUCUUCAACAUAGAAAUCUGGUUGCCUUGAUUGGGUUUUGCUUGGAAGAAGAUGAGAAAAUGCUUAUCUAUGAAUAUGUGCCUAACAAGAGUCUUGAUUACUUUUUAUUUGAUACUAAUCCAAAGCGAAGGAUAUUAAAUUGGUCAGAACGUUAUAAGAUCAUAAGAGAUAUUGCAAGAGGAGUUCUAUAUCUACAUGAGUAUUCACGGCUCAAAGUUAUACAUCGUGAUCUCAAGCCCAGCAAUGUGUUGUUAGAUGAUAACAUGAAUUCAAAAAUAUCUGACUUUGGCUUAGCAAGAAUAGUUGCUACAAAUCAAAAUCAGGAAAUUACUAAUAGAAUAGUUGGAACACAUGGUUAUAUGUCUCCUGAAUAUGCAAUGUAUGGGCGGUUUUCAGAAAAAUUAGAUAUAUAUAGUUUUGGAGUUAUAAUCCUGCAAAUAAUUAGUGCAAAAAGAAUUGCUCGAUCCCCGAUUUCAAAGAUUUUUGAAGAUCUUUUAAGCCAGGCAUGGAGACAGUGGAGGAAUCAUACCCCACUGGAAAUUAUGGAGUCAACCCUAAAAGAAACAUACUCUCGCACUGAAGUCAUAAAGUGCAUUCAAAUUGGGUUAUUGUGUGUACAAGAAGACCCAGAUGAUAGACCCACAAUGGCCACAGUUAUUUCAUACCUCAAUACCCAAUUGAUUGAUUUGCCAUUUCCAAGAGAACCUGCACUCUUCAGGUACAGUGCUGGGAAAUCAACCAACAUGGAAGAUGGAGAUUGCAGCUCAGGACAACCGUCCAUUGAUUGCAGCUCAGGACUUUCUUCCAUCAAUGACAUGUCCAAGAGCACUUUUUUCCCUCGAUAG